UGCCCAGGCCCCUCAGCUCCGAGCCCGAUGUUAGUUGGUAGGGAAUCUGAUGGGCAGUGUUGGGAGGCUGCCAAUAGACAGGGGCAGCCACUGUCUUCUGAUAGGAAUGCAGGCUGCCACAAGCCUCGACACACCGGAGGGCCAGCCCCCUAAGUUGUCACCCAGCUGGGGACACUGGGUGCUCUUUCUUAUGGGCCAGCAGGAGGUUUCGGGAGGGACUUAGACUGGUUCUCUAGAGAAGUAAGAUAUGCACGCAUGUGCACACGGAUAGAGGUUCAUCUUUAGGAAGUGGCGCACACUGUUGUGGAGGCGGGCAAGUUCCAAGUCUGUGGGUCAGAUGUGACGCCGGAGGCCCUCCUGACACACAUAACUGUAGGGUCUGAUGACCCCAAGAUUGGCGGAAGUAAACAUCAGGUGAUGAGCCGGCGAGGAGCAAGUUAGCCAGGAGGUGAUCACAUCAGAUCCCACCGUGAGGGAUGGCCAGGUCAAUGAGAAUCCUGGCCCGCCCACAGGGGGGCUAGCCAUGCAGGUUGGUGUGGGUAGCAGUCAGGUAUACAGGUGACUGUGCUGUGCCUGGAACAAGUGACCUCUGCCCUGUGAGUGUGACCUGGCUUCAGGGUCGGCCCGCCCUGCCUGCCUGGGUGCUCUCUCCAUCUGCUCCUGGGUGCCUGCCCAAGUUGGUUCCCCACCUGACCCUCUCAGGUCCACACGAAGCCCCCAGGGAGCGGGUCACAUGCCAUCCUGCCUCAGCAGGCCCAGGCGGCUGGGCAUCCUUUGAUCACGCCUGCCGAGUGGGGGCUUCGCAUUCCCUCACCCCCACCCCGCCGAGCCGCUCCAGCUUUUCCCACCUGAGUUGCUGGCGGUGGGGCCCCCUGCCCCUGACGUUGGAGCUCAGAGGGACCAGGUCAGGCGGCUGGGCCCAUGGUAGACAACUGGGGCACCCCAGGGGGAGAACACGGCUGCCGCAGGAGCCUGAGGCCCCUCAGGAAACCAGUCUGCUUUUCACGGCAAAUGCCAGGCUUGCGCUGUCGGGAGGAGAGGGGCUAGAAAGAAAGACGGGACUGGCAGCAACGGCAGGAAGUUGUGUGGUGAGGAGUGUAGCUGCCGCGUGCACGGGCCCACAUCACGCACGCACAAACGCACGCUGAGGCUUGGGGAGGAGAGCCUGACCCCCGCCCCCUCCCACACGGCAGCGGUGGAGGGAGCUGUGGAGUUUCCCGGCAGAAUGCUUCCAGGUGAGGGGAAUUUCCACGUCUCGGUGGCAUCCUCACUCCGCUUCCGUUACGAUCAACAGCCUCAGAAACAGACUGUGGGGCAGUUUGCUGGCAGCCCUGUUCUAUCUCCGAGGGCCGCCGGGGUCCACUCCAGGGCCCUGCGUUUGGGCUCUGCCCUGCCAGGUGCGCUUCUCCACACAGCGCAGGAAAGAACUGGGAGACCCCUGGCAAGCUCAGUUUUGGGAGUAGAUAAUCACAGCGUCACAAGUUAAAACACAUCAAAGGGCCCCCUGACAUCUAUGCUGUCCCCGUCCCCCUGAAACCAAUAUGUAGAACAGCUGGGUGAGUGUGCGCACGUCUCCUGUGUGUGUGCAAGUGUGCGUAUACACAGGUGUGGCUAUAGGCCUGACAUCUGUAAAUGUGUCUGUGCAUGUGUACACAGGGAUGUAUGGUUUUUUUGUGUGUCUCCAUGUAUGCAUGCCAUGUGCAUAGGUAUGUAUGGAUGAGUGCAAAUGGGGUGUGUGGCAAGUGUGUGCAUGUGUGGAUCUGUGUGUGUGUGUGGGGUGUCUGCGUGCUCACGCUCUUUCCCUGCUCACAUCACCGUGAUGACGUGCACAGUGUUCCCGCAGCCGCGUGAGGCCGAGAACCCUUCCAGUGUGGGGUGCUCCGGUCAUCAUGCAGCCUGAAGCCCAGGCUAGGAGGCUAAACUUAGUGUUAGGGUGGGGUCCCGAAGUCCCGCUCUAUGACCUGUGCCGGAGUCAGAGUUUGGAUCGACCGCCGAGGUGCCUGGGCCUGAGUCCACCCUCGGGAGCAGCCACAAGUGGACACCCAUCCUCACACGUGGAGUGCAGUCCCGAGGACACACGUGCACACACCUAGCUGCACCUGCUGUGCGGUCACUGCCAGUCGCUGGAUUAUCCCUGGUCAGUCUAGCCCCACCCCAGCUUCUGCCCUGCACCCAUGGCUGCCAGCCGUACGGUGCCUGCCCCUCUCUGAUGCACUGGGUUGACCAGACAGCAGGAGCUCUACCCACGGGCAGGCCUUUUGUGGAGAGGCUGAGGCAGGAGCAGCCUCCAGAGAGUCCCCACUCCAGGCAGGGAGUUAGUGCCAGCAAGGGGGGAUCCCUGAGGAGAGUGCUGGGCAGGGGGCUCUGACCUCUGUGGAUGGCCUAGCUAUACAAGGUGAGGGGGCAGGCAGGACCAGGCCCUGAGGUUAGUGUGGUAGCUAAGGCUGGGGCGCAGGCAGGAGAGAAGGCCCAGACUGGGUGGGGGGGAGGGUCCCUGAGGCCUCCAUUUCCUCCUGCUCCUCCCCCUCCAGCUGGCCCCUCCCCCUCAGCCCUUUAUAGGCACAUCCUGCAAGAGGGCCCUGACUCUGCAGAGACAAGGAUGUGUGCGGGGGUACAGCUGGUGCUGCUGCUCCUGGCAUCGGCCUUCCAUCCUUCGGCCGAGCUCACCUGCAAUGGGGCCACCUACCCCAGUGGCAGCAGGUGCUGUCAUGAGUGCCAGCCUGGUUAUGGGAUGAAGCGUCGCUGUGACGACCAGUCUCUGGACACUGAGUGCCAGCCGUGCCAGGAAGGCUACUAUAAUGACGCUUUCAACUACGAGGACUGCAGGCCGUGUACCCAGUGCAAUGAGAGAAGCGGGAGUGAGCCUGCACAGAGCUGCACUUCCACAAGGGACACCAUCUGCCACUGCAGGCCCGGCACCCAGCCUCAGGGCGGCUAUAAGCUGGGAGUUGACUGUGCCCCCUGCCCGCCAGGACAAUUUUCCCCAGGCCAAAACCAGGCAUGUAAGCCCUGGACAGACUGCUCCUCCACGGGGAGGCGCACCCUGAAACCGGCCACUAACAGCUCGGAUGCCAUCUGUGAGGACAGGAACCCUCCAGCUACCAUGCUACCCAGGAGCACCCAGCACUCGUCAGCCCUGCUCACCACUGCCCAGCCUACCACUGCCCACACCGGGGCUUCACAGAGGCCCCCUAAGGCCCCCAUGGGCCUCCCUGGGGGCCCUGUGCUGUCUGUCAUCCUGGGCGUCGGCGUGGGCCUGCUGGGUGUCACAGCUGCCGCACUCGCCUUGGCCCUGAACCGCCAGGCUUGGAGGCCCCAGCUGGCCACCCCCAAACCCCCAGGGGGCAACAGCUUCAGGACCCCCAUCCAAGAGGAGCAUGCUGACGAGCACUCCGUCCUGGCCAAGGUCUGAAUGGAGCCAGCGUCCCCGGCAGACUGAGCCCCUGCUCCUGAGCCCCUGAGCCCCGUGCGCCGUUUUAGGUGCUUCUGGGCUGGCCCCGGGCUCCAGUACGUAUGUCGUGCAUACUCCUGCCCAGAGCCACCCCCAAUAAAGA